AUGUCAGAGAUCCAUGGUGCACUUCACUUUCUGAUGUUCUUGUGCUCACACCCUCCCCAUUUAAUCUUUCCCGUUUGGACAUACUCUUACCUGGUGCUGCUCCUCCCCGUGUUUAUCCUCACCGAUUACAUCCGCUACAAGCCCGUCAUCGUCCUACAAGGGAUUAGCUUCAUCGUCACCUGGCUGCUGCUGCUGUUUGGCCAAGGAGUGAAGGCCAUGCAGGCUGUGGAGUUCUUCUACGGAAUGGUCUCGGCCACCGAGGUGGCCUACUACGCCUACAUCUACAGCGUGGUCAGCCCCGAGCACUACCAGAGAGUGAGUGGCUGCUGCAGGAGUGUCACGCUGGUGGCCUACACGGCGGCGUCGGUGCUGGCCCAACUCUUGGUCUCCCUGGCCAACCUGUCGUACUUUUACCUCAACGUCAUAACCUUGGCCUCUGUGUCCGUGGCCUUUCUUGUCUCACUUUCUCUACUGAUGCCUAAGAAGAGCAUGUUUUUUCAUGCAAAUCCCAGCAAAGAAACUCCUCCAAAGCCACCAGGAAAGGAUGCUUUCUUAGAAGGACCUCCCAAGGAUCAGGGACCAGUCUGCCAAGGACUAUUCACCAUUUCAGGGAACCUGGGUGACAGCCAGCUGAGCAGCCCGAAGCCAGGAAAGGUACCUUUGAGAGCUUUUGUGCAGUGGUUCCAAGAUUUGAAAGAGGGCUACUCCUCAAAGAAUCUUUUUUUCCUGGUAGUAAAAAAGCCCCCUGUGGUGGGCUUUUUCCACAGCAGGUUUUAACCAGGUUUUGAACCAUGUUCAAACCCUGUGGGAUUACAAGGCCCCGUCCCAGAGUCCUACAAUAUAAAAUGGAACAAUAGAAGCCCUUGCAACCUUCAGGGGCAGGUAUACAAGCCUUUAUCUUUUCAAUGUG